CUGGUAAAAUAGACACAGUGCAAUAUCGCACGGUGGGUCCUGUACCGUACUCAAACCGUAGUCUUCCUUAUGUGGUCUAACUCGAGGAUUAAAGUAGCUACAUUUCGGGGAAUCGGUGGUUUGUUUGUUGGAUAGAGGCGCUGCUGAACAUUGUAUGUACUUUACUCCGCACGGUCUUUAAACGUAUUAUUCGACUUGUGUCUUAAACUAAAAGACUGAAAUACUGCAUGAAAAAAUAUUAUUUUUGUGAUUAUUGGAUAAGCCCCACGGAACACAAAUUCUUGAUAAUAUGACAUCCGAAGCGCACAAUUUGGAACUUCAGAAAAGCCCUAUGGAUUUUGUCAACGAGUUCGACUUGAUUAAGUUCGACGUGAAGAAGGAGACAAUGCAGGGGAUCGAUCGACCCUUCAUUGGGCCGGGCAGCCAGCUUCAGAGACCUGACUCCGUCUCAUCCACGCCAGAGAGUACACCUUGCAGUUCGGUGCCCUCAUCACCAAGUCUAAAUCCUGGCGAGCAGAGGAAUAACACUGGUGAUAAUUAUUGGAUAGCCACCGGCGGAGGUUACGCUCAGCAAAUGUAUUCUCAUACUUUCGGCCUGACACCCGAAGACGCUGUGGAGGCCCUCAUCAGUACCACUGUCCAUGGCCACCAAUCCACUCCGAACGGUCACCAACAACCUCUCCAAGCGGAAUUUGAAGGAUAUGGGUCAGCACAUCACCUCAACGGCCAUGGCCAGCAGUAUUCUGGACUACUCCGCCAACCUGAUGCCCUCUCGGGUCACCCUGAGAUGCAAGAUAUGCAAAAUACGCACUGCCAAAAUCAAUAUCACCACGAGGGAGACAUCGAUACCUCAUGUCCAAACUCACCACUAUCUCAGCAACCUACCCACAGUGCGCACCACCUACACCAUCCACAUCGCCACGAUAGACGUCUCAACGUAGAGAACCAUUUCUCAGAUGACCAGCUUGUCUCCAUGUCCGUUAGGGAGUUAAACCGGCACUUAAGAGGGCUGAGCAAAGACGAAGUUAUGCGUCUGAAGCAGAAGCGCAGAACCUUGAAAAACCGAGGUUACGCUCAAUCAUGUCGCUACAAACGUGUUCAGCAGAAGCACGUUCUGGAGCACGAGAAGACCAGUCUUGUCACACAGGUAGAGCAGCUGAAGCACGAGCUCAACCGGCUGGCACGCGAAAGGGACGCAUACAAACUCAAAUGCGAAAAAUUGACUGGUUCAAAUGGUUACCAUGAAACAGGGUCUACUAGUGACAACCCUUCUUCACCAGAAUAUUUCAUGUGAACAAUUUUUUUAAGAUAGGAUGUCAUUAUAGGCCUACUGAUUAAGUUAACUAGCCGAAGUGUUGAUCUCAACGACAAAUACUUUUAUAACCUUACAUCGUCAUUAAUAUAGACCUAUGACAUAGGCUAUACUUUGUGAUUAAGCUCAAUAAGAAAUGUAAAAGCCAGAUAAAAAAAGUUACAUGCAUGCUGGUCAUGUAUGCCAUUUAGAAAAUGGCUUUUGACUAGAUUAAGAUCGGGAAUUGCUGUGGCAUAAAUUGGUCGUUCCGUAACCUGUUCUCUGGUAUAUUUUUCAUGACAUCAACCAACAUAAUUUUAAAGUAGCCUAUUGUUUCUGUUAGCCAAUUACAUGUUUUCAUCUAGUGCUCUUAUCUGUUUGGCCUGAUUUUCACUGAAAAUAUAGAUCAUGUUUCCCUGUAAGAAUUUCUGCUGGGCAGAUUAGUUUGUUCUCUAUCUUUUUAAAACUUUUGUGAAUUGCGCAGGAAAUAGAGCUUUUAUAUGAAUGAAUAGUAGCUUGCAAUUGGGCAUCAUUGUUUGUAUUUUAAGUGUUUUCAUCUGCUUCAGACCAAUAAAGCCAUUACAUCUUC